CGAGCGGGCGCUCGCCGGGAGCAUGGACGCGGCCGGGGAGCGCAGCCUCCCGGAGCCGGGCAGCCAGGACUCCCGGGCCGGCGACGACAUCGAGAUCGUCGUCAACGUGGGGGGCGUGCGGCAGGUGCUGUACGGGGACCUCCUCAGCCAGUACCCGGAGACCCGGCUGGCCGAGCUCAUGGGCUGCUUGGCGGGGGGCUACGACACCAUCUUCUCCCUGUGCGACGACUAUGACCCCGGGAAGCGCGAAUUCUACUUCGACAGGGACCCGGACGCCUUCAAGUGUGUCAUCGAGGUGUACUAUUUCGGGGAGGUCCACAUGAAGAAGGGCAUCUGCCCCAUCUGCUUCAAGAACGAGAUGGACUUCUGGAAGGUGGACCUCAAGUUCCUGGACGACUGCUGCAAGAGCCACCUGAGCGAGAAGCGCGAGGAGCUGGAGGAGAUCGCGCGCCGCGUGCAGCUCAUCCUGGACGACCUGGGCGUGGACUCGGCCGAGGGUCGCUGGGGACGCUGCCAGAAGUGCGUCUGGAAGUUCCUGGAGAAGCCCGAGUCGUCGUGCCCGGCGCGGGUGGUGGCCGUGCUGUCCUUCCUGCUCAUCCUCAUCUCGUCGGUGGUCAUGUGCAUGGGCACCAUCCCCGAGCUGCAGGUGCUGGACGCCGACGGCAACCGCGUGGAGCACCCGACGCUGGAGAACGUGGAGACGGCGUGCAUCGGCUGGUUCACGCUGGAGUACCUGCUGCGCCUCCUCUCCUCGCCCAACAAGCUGCACUUCGCCCUGUCCUUCAUGAACAUCGUGGACGUGCUGGCCAUCCUCCCCUUCUACGUGAGCCUCACGCUCACGCACCUGGGCGCCCGCAUGAUGGAGCUGACCAACGUGCAGCAGGCCGUGCAGGCCCUGCGGAUCAUGCGCAUCGCCCGCAUCUUCAAGCUGGCCCGCCACUCGUCGGGCCUGCAGACCCUCACCUACGCCCUCAAGCGCAGCUUCAAGGAACUGGGGCUGCUGCUCAUGUAUCUGGCCGUGGGCAUCUUUGUCUUCUCGGCCCUGGGCUACACCAUGGAGCAGAGCCACCCCGAGACCCUGUUCAAGAGCAUCCCCCAGUCCUUCUGGUGGGCCAUCAUCACCAUGACGACCGUUGGCUACGGUGACAUCUACCCCAAGACCACUCUGGGCAAGCUCAACGCGGCCAUCAGCUUCUUGUGCGGGGUCAUUGCCAUCGCGCUGCCCAUCCACCCUAUUAUCAACAACUUCGUCAGGUACUACAAUAAACAGCGGGUCCUGGAGACAGCCGCCAAGCACGAGCUGGAGCUGAUGGAGCUCAACUCGAGCAGUGCGGCCGAGGGCAAAGUGGGGUGCUCCCGCAGUGACCUGGACAGCCUCCCGCCAGAGCCCGUCGGGGAGGAGGGGCCGAGCUGGAGCAGCCGGCUGAAGAUCUCCCACAGCGACACCUUCAUCCCUCUCCUGACUGAGGAGAAGCACCACAGGACCCGGCUCCAGAGCUGCAAGUGACGAGGGUCUUCCGGGCACAGAUGGACUCGGCCAGCGGACGGAUGGACAGGUGUGAUGGGCCUGUCCGUGACUUCCUGGGAGGGGCUGUCCUUUGUCCCCUCAACCGUCUCCUGAACAGAACUCUGAAGGCCCCCUUGGGCACCUCUGGUGAGGCUGGGUAAGACCCCUCUAUGUUGCCGGCAGUCAGGAGCCCGUGGGGAGAGAGGGGUGUCCAGGAGUCGCGGGCAGCGUGGGGUGACGGAGGCCAUGGUCUGGCUGAUGGCAGGAGCCCUUGCCCGGUUCUGUAUCUCCUUCAAUAAAGCCUCCUGCUCUGUGCACCCACCUGUGUUGUA